UACGGUUCAUUGUACGUAAACCGCGCACGCGCCACGCGCGCCUUUUUCCCGCGCUUUUGCCGCGCCAAUUUCGAAUAAAAAACUCGUGCUUUUUUUAAAGCAUGUAGAUUUUAUUAUUGUGUAACGUUGGAUAAAGAGAUGGAGUGUACGGAAUUUGUAAACUGUGACAGUGUGUGCGGUGUUAUCAGUAGACGAAAGAAAUUUAGUUGGGACAGCGUAUAUGCGGGUCUUGUAAUCUGUUUAGUGCCAUCAGUAGUUUGUAAUUCAGAUUGGUCCCGACUCUCCUACGACUCAAUCUACAACAACACAGACUACGUCCAAAUACACCACCAGCCGCGGCCAUUCACCUUACCAAACUACAAUCAUACUAACACGGCCCCCAGGCCCUUUAGUUCUAGUGAUAGAGACACUUACUUAGAUACCAAAGAUAACGAAUUAGAGUAUGAGGAGUUUGUUAGUAGUCAAAGCAAGCAUCAGCUGUUGGUCGGGUUUGCCAGAGACCCGUUUAGGACUUCUGUGCCUGAGGAAGUUUAUUUGAAGGGAGUCAGACAUGUCGAACCCCAGCCAUUCGUCAGCAAAGGCGAAAAUCGCGGGAAGCGCGGAGUGGUGCAUCUGGCCAACAUGAUGUACUGCGCGACGGGCUGCGAUCCACUAUCUUACAAAGGAUAUGGGUGCUACUGCGGAUUCCUCGGGGAGGGGAGGCCUACGGAUGGGAUUGACAACUGCUGCAGAAUGCAUGACCGCUGCUACGAGAACAUCUACUGCCCUUUCUUCACGGUCUACUUCCAGCCUUACUACUGGAAGUGCUACCACGGCGAGCCUCUUUGCGCGCUGGAGAACUACAAGACCCAACACCAGUUCAUUAACGGCUGCGCUGCGAGGUCGUGCGAAUGUGAUCGGCAGUUUGCCAUGUGUAUUAGAAGGUAUCCUUGUCCGAGGAGGCGGGCGCUGUGCAGGUCUUCUCCUUUAAGGCUUUUGCAGAAUUUGCUGAUGUUCAGAUGAAGGUAGCGAGCAGAAGCAAUAGCAGAAUGUUUACACUAUGUUGCUGCUGACUAUUUUAAACGGCAUAGAUACUAGAUAAUUUAUAUAGCAAUAGCGGAGCGUCAAAUAACAGUGGGAAAUGAACCAUAUAAGAUUUAUUUUCUGUUAUAGACCUGCAAAAUAAACUUAAUAUCAUUAUAUGACAAUGCUCAAGAUGGGUUGAAGGCGAAUUUUAUGGACGCCCCGUCAUUGUGGGAUAGUGAUGUUAAAAAAUCUAGAAAAAAUUUACAGAAAAACCGGAAAAGUGCGAGUCGGACUCGCCCACCGAGGGUUUCGUACUUUUUAGUAUUUGUUGUUAUAGCAGCAACAGAAAUACAUCAUCUGUGAAAAAUUUCAACUGUCUAAGCUAUCACUGUUCAUGAGAUACAGCCUGGUGACAGACGAACAGACAGCCAGAUGGACCGUACAUUUGGGUACGGAACCCUAAGAAGGAUUAGACUCCGUCUAUACCUACUAAGUUUGCAUUGCACCGAUUUCGCACUCGUCACAGUGACAAUGUAUGGCCGCGCCAUAUAUGAUAUCAAAAUUGAGGUGCAACUUAGCGUAGACGUAUUCUAGUAGAAAUAAAUAUCUGUGAUGUGUGAUAACAUUUAGAAGCACAUUGUCAAAUAUAGGAAAUUGCUAUAAGCGGGAGAAGUGUUUAAAAUUAUCAAUAUGCAUAUACAUACACGAACGUGUAAAGAUCAUUUUGAACAUCUCGGCAGCAUAAUUACCAUUACUGCUGAAUGUAUGUAGCUAUAGGUAUAUGCUCAUAGGGUCCGUGUUGUGUAUAACUUAUACGAAUCGUGCUUUCUGACAUCUCAGAUCAGAGUAGUAUCAACAUAAAAUAGAUCCAUCGAAGGAAAUUUUUAAAGUAAAAAUAAUCUCGGAAUUUCUCACAUAAGGUAUGAAUACUGUUGUAAAAAAGUAUUAGUCUAGUCCUGGGUCAUAAAAUAUAGGUACUUGUAUAUACUAGAAAUAAACUAAGCAAAUGUGCACAUAAACCUUCACUCUUUAGUGAAGAUAUUUUUAAGUGUCAAUCAUUGACUUAUAUGUACUAAUAGUACCCCAAUGGCUCCUCUACAUGAUAGGCCAUCAUACUGGCACACUAAGAUGGGCCAGCGUGUAGAGAGGGUAGUGGUGUCGGAUGGCUUUUGGCGCGGCGGAAUUGCGAUGGAAUGGCCACGGUGUCGGAUUUUCGUCCAAACAUCAAAGGUAGUGGGCCAGCGAUAGUGCGUACGCAUAUACAUGUGGCCCAUUCCACACUGCGUACUCUCAACCAUCGCAUGGCCAUCUUGCUGGUCCAGCGCUGGACCAUCGUGUAGAGGAGCCAUAAUAUGGUUUGAGUUUAUACUUAUAGAACUACUGUAAUCUAGUACAUAAUAACCUAAUCUACUAGCAAAACAAAACUAAAUUAUUAGUUUAAUGUGCACAAUCAUCGUUCUAGAUAUUCUAAACAAGUAAUGAAUUGCC